AUGCCUUCCCACCCAUCAGAAAACAUCCCCCUUGCCCUCUCCACAAACUGGUUCCUCACCCAACCACCCACAUUCCCCUACCCCGAACUCCGCGCCCACGCGCCCAUCUCCUCCGCCACAUACACCUGGGAAUGCACCGAGUGCUUCGACACUCACCUCUCCAGCCCAGCCUCUCGCCCCAGCCAGGACUGGACCCUCAUCGGCGCCGUCCAAUGGGAAAUCGACAUGAGCAUUUCCAAGCUCCGCAUCCGCUGGAACACCGCUGACAUCCCCGGCACCCUGCGUGCAGACAUCAAACAUAUCCCGUCCAUCGCAGCCACUUCACACUCACCGCUUACCCCCGACCAGCUCCGGCUCGCCUCGCAGUGGUACGCGCCACACAUCCUCUCCUUCGCCCGCUCCCAUCUCUACACCACCGUCGCCGACGGCGAAUGCUGGUCCCUCGCCUCCGCCGCCCUCCACCACGCUCGCCAUGCCGCUGUCCGCGACGGGCAUGAACCCCCGCGUCCCAGCACGGGCCGUGUCCAUGGCCACCUCAUCCUCGACUGGAGCGUGUCCUCGCACUUCCCCCCCGACGGCAUCCUGAAAGCCGCCGAUGUGCGGGCGGGGGAUAUCAUGGAGCUGUCAGAUGCGCAUUUUCGGCACCGGCGGGCGUUGCUCGGUGGACUGGUGACGGGGGAAGAGAAUGUGAGGGUAGGUGAGCACACGGCGAUUGUGGAGUGGGUGAGGGGUGUGGAGAUGGGGGUUUUGGAGCAGAAUGCGAGGGUGGAGAGGGUGGUGAUGGAGGGCAAGUAUGAUUUGGGAGAGAUGAUGAAGGGGAGGGUGAUGGUGUAUAGACCCGUGGGGGGAGCCAGUACGGGGGUGUUGAGCUUAGAGGGAGUGUGCGAGCAAUGGUAG